UGUCCCCUUUGUCCCCAGUGUCCCCCAGCGCUCCCGGUGCUCUCUGCCCCCCAUGUCCCCCCUGGCUGUCACCCUGGCCCUGCUGGCCGUGACCGCGGUCACUGCCAAGGUGCAGGAGGUGUCCCUGGACAUGGCCGAGGACUCGUUUGAUGACCAGUACCGGGGCUGCCGGGACACCAUCACGGCGGACCUGUGGAACCUCAGCAAUGCCGAGUUCCAGAAGAACCCGCACCUGGCGCAGGUGUGGGCCAAGGCCGCGGCCACCUGGUGGAAGUGGGGACCCCCCAAGACCCACCUGUCCCCAGACCAGGCCAUCGCCAUCGUGGCCUACACCAGGAACGAGCUGUAUGCGGAGUUCAACGCGGCCACGCGCCAGGCCGGCAGCUCGCCACUGUGGUACCACCAAAAGUUCCACUACAAAACUCUGCAUUUCCUGCUGAGCGACGCCCUGGCCACGCUCCGGGAGCCGCGGUGCCGCUGCGUGUUCCGCGGCGUGGACGGGUGCAAGUUCCUCGCCCGGCCGGGACAGAGAGUUCGCUUCGGUCAGUUCGCGUCCACGUCGCUGUGCCGGGGAGUGGCGCAGGGAUUCGGGAAGGACACGGUGUUCCAGGUGAACACCUGCCAUGGAGCCGACAUCCACAGCUUCUCCAACUACGAGGGCGAGCAGGAGGUGCUGGUGCCACCCUUCGAGACCUUCCAGGUCACCAAAGUCACCCAGGUCGGGAAAACAACGCGGAUCUACCUCAACUCCACCGGGACCUCCAGCAAGUACAACUGCGAGUGGCUGCGAGGUGACAGCGUGGGGACACCAGGUGGGAGCCUGCCCAGCCACCCCCCCCACCUCGGGGGGCUUCUCCUGGCCACUGUGGCCAUGGCAGUGGCCAGCGGAACCAUCUAAGCCACGAGGCCACCGAGGACUCCGAGGUCUUGGGGGCCACUGUGGCCACCCUGAGCACAAAGGCCACCAGGACCCCCAGGGAAAUGAAGCCACCGAGGCCACCACGGUCACUGUGGCCACUGUGGCCAUUGAUGCCACCGGGGUCAUUUGGGCCACUCUGGCCACUUGAGUCACCAAUGUUGCCGUGGCCAUGGUGGCCACCGCGGUCACUUUGGCCACUCUGACCACUGUGACCAGUGCGGCCACCAUGGCCACAGAGAGCACCUGAGCCGUGAGGCCACCGCAGCCACUGUGACCACCGUGGCCACCAAGCCCUCCAAGCUGACCCAGGCCACCACUGCCACCAUGGCCACCGUGGCCACUGCAGCUCCCGAGGCCACAGAGGCCACCAUGACCACUGUGGCCACUCUGACCGCUGGCCAAUGCUCUGUGGCCACCCUGGGCAUUGGGACCACUGGGGUCACCAUCACUGUCCCCAUGGUCACCAUGGCCAUUGUGGCCACCGUGACCCGUCAGGCCACCGUGAUCACUGAACCUGCUGAGGUCACCGUGGUCACUGUGGUCACUGAGGUCACCAUGGUCUCUGUGGUCAUUGAGGUGACCAUGGCCACUGUGGUCAUUGAGUUGACUGUGGUCACUGUGGUCAUUUGAGGUCACCGUGGUCACUGUGGUCAUUUGAGGUCACCCCGGUCACUGUGGUCAUCGAGCAGCACUUGGGCACUUGCCCAUACAGAGCUCACGGCCACCUCCUGAAGCUCCUUGGCUGCCUCCCCUGGGCUGUGAAACAUCGCUGUUUGCUGGCCUGGGCUGUGAAACAUCGCUGCUUGCUUGCCCGCUGAAUAAAACAUCCAUAAUUAAUUUGAUUAAUUUGAUCCUCGCUGGCCUGGCGCACCAGAGUUCAUCGGAACUCGACCCGCGACAGCUCUCGGAGAGCCUCCCCUGCACGGCGCCUCCUUCCCAAAAAUAAAGCCUGGAGUUCUCCUUGGAGGAAA